AUGGCCAAGCUGGCUGACUGGCUGGCGGAGGCUGGGCAUAAUGUGGUGAGGCUUCAUUAUAAAACUGGUUUUUAAAGUAGGGUAGGGUAGGGUAGAGCAUGGUAGGGUAGGGUAGGGUUCUAAAAAUCUUACUGUGAUCGUUAUAGUAUCAUAUUAUUUUCAGACCUUCUACCAACAAGCCAUAAUAGACAGUGUAAACAAGGUUGGUGUAACAAAAGCUAAUGCUUAUGUUAGACCUCGAGGCAACAUUACUGUUCCAGAAUUUUCGCAACUAAACUUUUGGACACCAAAUAUUGAAGCCAACAAUCAAGUAAGAUUUCUCUUCGUAGCCUCUUAAUUUUAGUAGUGUUCUGUACUGGGCAGGUGCUUUUUAAAUUUUUUCAAAAAAUAAAAAAAAAUUUAAAAAUUUUUAAGAAAUUUGGUUAUUCUUACUAGAUCUGUAAAGAGGCCAAGUCAAGCCUAAUUUUUUUGGGAUAAUUGAAAAACCAGACUUCGGUUUAGGUUUCGGUCUUCAGGCCCAAAUGUUCCGGCUUGAACUUUUUUCAAUUUGUUUUGUCCCAGCUUAAUACGGCUCCAAUGUUAGGCUGGGAGCGAAUUAGACCUAGGAAAGCCUUUUUGAGUAUAAACGUUUUUAAAAAAAUUAUUUUAACUAAAAAUUUUUUUAGUGGCUGGCCCAUUGCGGUAUGCUACAAUCUAAAGCAUGUGAAUGUAAGUCCACUUGUUAAAACUUUUCAAAAAUUCAAAAUUUUUUUAAAAAUUGCUUUAAGAAAUUUUUAAAAUUUUGCUUUGAAUUUUAUUUUUCAGAAAUAUUUAUAAAUUAAAAGUUUUCAAAUUAUUUUAAAAAAUCAAAAAAAUUUUUUUUAAUUUUAACACGUAAACAAAAGCUAAGACUAGUUAGGCUAGUUUAAUUUUAGCACAACUAAACGAUGAAAGCCUAUUCCAAAAAAUAAGAUCAGAACAAUAUGACUAUGCGGUAGUCGAAUAUAUUGACUACUGUUCCUACGCUAUUAUCGAAAAAGCAGGUAUUGAAAAGUAUGGCACAGCAUCGGCUUUGAUGAUUGACAAACAAAUAUUGGAAGCUCUUGGAUUGGCGCUUAGUUUAGGAGUUGUUCCUAGUAAGUCCUUGGAAAAAAAAUUUUUAAUUUUAAAAAGUAAAACUUUUACUAGCCUACAGUAAAAGCAACGUUUUGUAUUACUCGCAUGACUAAUACUAUUCAGUACAGUACUAAUGAAUAGCAGCUUGACCUAUAGUACGUUAUAGUAAACUUUUUAAGACUGGAGUGACCAACUAAGCCCCCUCCCGACCUUCAUUGAACGUAUAACAGCCUUAUAUCGCCACUACCUCAACACCUACACCCAACGUAAAAACCUUUAUGGUCCAACCAUAAAUGUCAUUCAAUCUUUGAGCAAUCUAACUUUUGAUAUCAAAGAAAAAAUGGCACAAAGUUCAUACUUUUUCAUCAACGCUGAUGAAUAUCUAACUCAUCAACAGCCAAUCUCAUCUAAAAUAUUGUACGUUGGAGGCAAAAACUCAAAAUCAAUGCCAGUUAAUUCUCUAAAUCAAGACAUUCAAAACAUCGUAGAUAGUGCUGAAGAAGGUGUAGUACUAGUUUCAUUUGGCACUGUAGCCAAGGCUUCAGAAAUGCCAAAACAAUUGAGUGAUGCUUUGGUCGAUACCUUCAAAAGUUACCCAAAAAUCAAUUUUAUUUGGAAAUACGAAGUAGAAGACACGGUCGGAGCUAAUGUGACAAACUUAUUCAAACGCCCCUGGGUACCACAACAUGAUUUGUUGGGAAACAAGAAGAUUCUGGCCUUCAUAACUCACGGUGGACUGAACAGUAUCAGUGAGACGGCUGAGAUGGGUGUACCUACUGUUUGUAUGCCUGUGUUUGGAGAUCAACCUUUGAAUUGCCAAGCUGCUCAAGCUCAUGGAAUAUCCAUUAUGAUUGAUAAAGCGGAUGUAACUGCUGAGAAGCUAAUAAAAGCACUAGACACUGUUAUGCAUGACCAAAGGUAUAGUUGUUAAAUAAAAUUCCUUGGCUUGCCUGUCUUUGCCUUGCCUUUACCCUUCUUUAUAUCCUUAUCCUACUCGUCCCGACGUUGCUCGACCAUGCCAUACACCCUACCUUAUCCUACCCUACCUAACUAUCCUUUAAUCUUCCUUCUUUACCAUCCUUUGGAUUCUAUCGUACUUUGGAAAUUACAGUACUUCACAAACUUUAAAAAAAAUUUUAGAAUUCGACAAAAAGCGGCCGAAAUGUCGAACUUGAUGAACAAUAAGCCAAUCUCAACAAAAGAACGAUUUGUACGGCACGUUGAGCACGCCAUCCGUUUCAACGUUCAUGAAGCUUUGGAUUUGCCUGUUCGAUCACAAGGCUUUGUCAGAGGCUACAAUCUUGAUUUCAUUGCUGUUUAUUUUGUACUAUUAACUGUAUUAAUGUUUAUGUUAUACUGCGUGCUAAAAGUAGUGUUUCGAAUAGUUCGAGCUUUUGUAAAUAUUGUCAUGAAUGAUGGUAGUAACAAUAAAGUUGGGCUGAAACAAAAAGCUCAAUAG